AGCAUCAGUGCCACGGCGACGUCGACUCACUCCUCCGCCAGCAACUCCGUCACCCAUUCACCCAUGGGCUCCCGAGACCCCUCCCCGACCCGUCAACCCCGGAGAGCAACUUCGUCGUCGGGCAGGAUCAACGGCGCGACAUCACGGAACAACAGCCAGCAGGCCCAGAGCCCGUCUCCCCAGCGCAAGUCGACCCUCGGCGGGCCUGCCUCCGGCCUUCGAAGCCUCUCCGCGACCACCACGCCGGCUCUCGUGCCCGUGACCGCCAACAACGACUCGCAGUCGCAGUCGCAGUCCCAGGUCCACGUCCACGCCCAGGCACCACCCGCACCGCAGAAGCCUGCACAGUCGUCCGAGUUGAGAGACAGCACGAAAUGGCCCGUGUCGCCCCGUCUACGCUCCCCUCCGCCGCAACAACCUAGAAACGGCAGCACGACGACGCCUCGCCCCCCGAGCGAGCAGGAUCCUCCUCCGCCUCCUCCUCCUCCCCCUUCUUCUUCUUCUUCACCUCCUCCUCCCAUCAUCAUCAACGUACAGCACCCUAGCCCAUCUUCCAUCCAGGCCGAGUCCUAUCAGUCCCUGACCGCCAGCGAGAGCGAAGCCGAGGACCUGCAGAUGGCGUCUGGCCUCCGAACGCCGGCCCGCGGGCCUCUGGAAACCGUGCAGGAAGUCAGCCAGCCCAACUCGCCAGCCCGAUUGCGCGGCCAGCAAGACGCCACCCUCUUGGAGCAUGUCAGGGAAAAGUUUACCUACACCGACAACCAGUCCGACGUUGAUGGCGGCCGGACGCUGCGAGCCAGACCCAUGCUUCCCGGUUACGAAAAUGGAGGUGACAGCAGGGCCGAGUCCAGGAGGACAACCUCUGUCCCUCCGCCCCUCCUCUCCAGGCAGUCUAGUGCCAUUAUGCUGUCGAAGCAAGCCAAGGCCCGUCCUGAGGGUUCUACGCAGACAAUGACGGUCGAGACGGAGACCGUGGCGAGCAUUCCUCAGGUGGCACUUGCUGUAGGACCAAAGCCUGACGGAAUGAAUGGAACUCUGAGGACGAAGCAGAGCACUGAAACCAUUAGGCCCCCGAAAAAGGAAAAGAAGAGAUCCUCUCGAAAACAGCCGGUCAACAGUGGAAAUGGAUCAUCCAAGGCGGACAUCUUCGAGGCCAAGAUUGCCAACGCUGUCGACGAAGCCAACACCUCCGACUCGGAAGAGACGUUUGUCUAUGAUUCCAACCCCCCCGACGUUGGCGAGCGGGCCUCUCGCCGCUUCCACUCCCGCACCCCCAGUGCCACUUCCAUAGUGAGCCAGAGCGAUCGCCCCAACAUGCGGGCGAUAUACGGCAUCGUUGAUGGCCAUGGUCCUGCGCCUAAGAAGAGCUUGAAGUUUCCCAACACGUACGCCAACGGACCCAUCAACGAUGGCGUGUUGACCGGCGACGAGGACGGCAGGGGAACCGGCCGCAGCGCCAGCGGUUCUGGCCGAGGCACCGUCCGGCAGCAUCACCACAUAGGCCGCUGGGGACGCCAGCCGGGUAACGGCCAUGCUUCGCUUUUCGACAACGAAUCACCCUUCCAGAAUGCGUCGAGACCAAAGAUGACGAGCUCCCGCCACUCCUCCGGACCCCCAAGCCCGAGAAAUCACCCCUCAAUGUCCAUGCGGGGACCGCUGAACUCCAAGCGAUCUGUGAUGCACAUGUCCUCGAGCUAUGAUCUGGACGAAACGACGGGUGCGGAUGACGAGCGCAGGCCUCUCCUCGACAACAACCGCAGAGGCCGAUUCAGGCGUGGCCCGCACAACUUGCGGCAAGCUGAGGCGCAGACGUACUCUAGGAGGUCGUCCUAUCUCAACCGGUUUGCCGCAUGUCUGGUCCUUACCAUGAUGUUCCUCUUGGUCAUUACGGGUGCCAUAGGCUUCAUGUUUGCGACGUCCCAGCCUCUCAGCGACAUUGAGAUUGUCUCCAUCCACAACGUCGUCACCAGCGAGCAGGUUCUCAUGUUUGAUGUCACCGUCAAGGCGCACAACCCCAACAUUGUGGUUGUCACAAUCGAUCAUGCCAACCUCGAGAUCUUCGCCAAAUCAGAGUAUGGAGGUGCCGAUUCGGACUGGUGGGAUAGCCCCGACGGACCCAAAGACAACUUGGUACGUCCGUACGACGAUCCAAUCAAUGAUCCGACCACCCCGGGAGGAGAGGACGAGACGAAGCCGAACGUGCUCCUCGGCCGCAUCACCGAGUUCGACAGUCCCUUGACGUUUGAAGGAUCUCUGUUCCAUCAGGGCCUGUCCUCAUCGACUGGCGAAAUGCAGCUGCCGUAUCCCGGCAACGGCACGGCGGGCGGCUCGAAGCGCUGGGAGCGAAUCUAUCAGAACGAAUUUGACCUUAUUGUCAAGGGAGUGGUCAAAUACAGUCUUCCUCUGAGCGCCCACAUCCGCAGCGCUACCGUUUCAGGGCGAACGACGGUCAAGCCAAACUCGGCCAACAAUCCGCCAUCGAAACCAAAUGUC